GCGUUUGCCGGCCAUAUUGACUUCCUUUCUCCAACACUGGACGUGUCCGACGUGCGUUCCACGAUUCCGUUGUUAUCGUCCUAAUCCUAUUCUGUUUUCCAAUUUCUGUACGGAUUCGAAAAGGAAUAAAGCCCAAAUAUGACGGAGACACUCCAACUUCGGGGGACCCUAAGCGGACACAACGGAUGGGUCACCCAGAUCGCCACCAACCCCAAGUAUCCUGACAUGAUCUUGUCAUGCUCCAGAGAUAAGACUUUAAUUGUGUGGAAACUGAACCGUGAUGAUACCAACUAUGGUGUGCCCCAGAAACGUCUCCACGGACAUUCUCACUUUGUGAGUGAUGUAGUUCUGUCAUCUGACGGCAACUACGCCCUCUCUGGUUCCUGGGACAAGACUCUUCGACUCUGGGAUCUUGCCGCUGGCAAGUCUACGAGGAAAUUUGAAGACCACACCAAGGAUGUCCUCAGUGUUGCAUUUUCUGUAGACAACCGUCAGAUUGUAUCUGGAUCCAGGGAUAGGACAAUUAAGCUCUGGAACACUCUUGCUGAGUGUAAAUACACCAUUCAGGAUGAUGUUCACACCGAUUGGGUUUCUUGUGUUCGGUUUUCCCCGAACCACUCAAACCCUAUUAUUGUUUCAUGUGGUUGGGAUAAAGUUGUUAAGGUUUGGAAUUUAACAAACUGCAAGUUGAAAAUCAACCACGCCGGGCACACUGGUUAUCUUAAUACUGUCACCGUGUCUCCUGAUGGUUCUCUUUGUGCUUCUGGUGGUAAAGACUGCAAAGCCAUGUUAUGGGAUCUUAACGAUGGCAAGCAUUUACACACUUUAGAUCACAAUGACAUCAUUACAGCCCUAUGCUUCAGUCCCAACCGGUACUGGCUGUGCGCUGCAUUUGGACCGUCUAUCAAAAUUUGGGAUCUUGAGAGCAAAGACAUGGUCGAAGAACUUAAGCCUGAAGUUGUAUCACAAGCUUCAAAGACGGACCCACAGUGCCUCUCACUUGCUUGGUCAACAGAUGGGCAGACCCUCUUCGCCGGCUAUUCUGACAACUUGAUCAGAGUUUGGCAGGUGUCCAUGCCAAUUCGCUAGGGACCCUGUAUAAUUUUUAUGUAAUUCUUAUAUAAAAUAAAAAAUUUAAAAACCGAAAGUGAUAAUAUCGAA